AUGUCUCCCCAACAUAGAAGACAAUCAUCUACUUCAAGUGAUGAUGAUCCUUUCGAAAUAGCCGAAAGUUACUACGGUGAAGAUAGAAAGAAGAAAUUAAAUAGAGUAAGAACUUUUAGUACCUUUGAAAGAAGUUCAAGAUUUACUCCCGAUUUGAUUCAUUCUCAACCUCCAAGUUCUCAUUUCCAACCUCCUCCUAUUAGAGAAUCUCCUGAACCUCCCUCAAGUUCUUCAUCUUCUUCAACUCCAGGAAAUGUAACCCCUCAACCUACUCAUCAACCUCAAAUUCAUUUCAAUCUUGAUUUUCAUGAUCGUAAUGGCUCAGCUGUUCAUUCAAGUGAUGAUGACGACGACGACGAUGAUGAUGAUGAUAACGAGGAUCCAAUUGGUGGAAGAAAAAAAAUUAUUCCUGUUCCAAUACGACCAGUGCCAAUUUCUCCAGCAACUUCUCCUGAUGAUACCACCACCAAAUCAAAUAUUACUCAAGAUCCAUUAAAUUCAACUGAUAUUAUCCCUCAUCCAACUGGGUUCAAAGGUCCAAUAGAAAGAACUAGAAAACCUUCAAUUAUCCCCAUUUAUAAUGAUGAAAUUCCUCAAGAUUCUGUUGCUAGUCUUAAUUCAAGUAGAGAAAAAUUCCAUUUAAGAAGACAAUCUUUAGAUGAAAAUGAUUUACGUCCAAAGAAAUUCUAUAUUAAUGAUGUUCAAGGUACUUUAGAUGAAUUAUUAGCAAAUGAAGACACUGAUAAUAAUUGUCAAAUUACAAUUGAAGAUACUGGUCCAAAAGUAUUACGUUUAGGUACAGCAAAUUCAUUGGGUUUUUAUCAAACCUCUGUUAGAGGUACUUAUAUGUUGAGUAAUUUAUUACAAGAAUUAACCAUUGCCAGUAGAUUUGGAAGACAUCAAAUUAUACUAGAUGAAGCAAGAUUAAAUGAAAAUCCAGUGAAUAGAAUGAAGAGAUUAAUCUCUACUCAGUUUUGGAAAAGUUUAACUAGAGAAGUUACUAAAGAUAAUAUUGUUGAUAUGUCAAAGGAUACUAAGAUUAAAGAAUCAUGGGUUGAUGAAGAUGGUAAGCUUCAUGAAAAUCAAGAAUCUCAUAGAAUUUAUGUCCCAUUUAAUCGUCCUGAUCAAUAUGAAUUCUUCAAUCUGAUUAAACAAGCAAGAGAUGAUAUUCACUUGGAUGUUCAAUAUUUACCUGAAAAAAUCGAUGCUGAUUAUAUCAAAUCAAUCAACAAGAAACCAGGAUUAUUAGCCAUUGCCACCAAACCAGAUCCAAAUGAUUCCAAAAAUUUAAUCAGUUGGCCAUAUGUUGUCCCUGGUGGACGUUUCAAUGAAUUAUACGGUUGGGAUUCUUAUAUGGAAACUUUAGGUUUAUUAACUGAUGUAUUGCCAGGUAAAAAUUUAAGACAUUUAGAAUUAGCUAGAGGUAUGGCUGAAAAUUUCAUUUAUGAAAUUCAUCAUUAUGGUAAAAUUUUGAAUGCUAAUAGAUCUUAUUAUUUAGGUAGAUCCCAACCUCCAUUUUUAACUGAUAUGGCUCUUAGAAUUUUCAACAAAUCAAAAGAAGUUUUACCUGAUGAAUCCAAAGAUAGAUUAGAUUUCUUGCAAAGAGCAACUUUGGCAGCUAUUAAAGAAUAUGAAACCAUCUGGUGUGCUAAACCAAGAUUAGAUGAAAAAACUGGCUUAUCAUGUUAUCAUCCAGAAGGUAAAGGUGUUCCACCAGAAACUGAGGCUACUCAUUUCGAUGCUGUUUUAAAAGAAUAUUUAGAAAAAUAUGAUAAUAUGGAUCAAACUGAAUUUAUUGAAAAAUACAAUUCUGGAGAAAUUCAAGAACCUAAAUUAGAUGAAUAUUUCUUACAUGAUAGAGCAGUAAGAGAAUCAGGACAUGAUACAACUUAUAGAUUAGAAGGUAAAUGUGCAUAUUUAGCCACUGUUGAUUUGAAUUCUUUAUUAUAUAAAUAUGAAAAUGAUAUUUCCCAUAUUUUGAAAACAUAUUUCAAUGAUGAUCUUGAAGGUAAUUCAUCUAAAAUUUGGGAUGAAAGAGCCAAACAAAGAAAAUUAAAUGUUGAUAAAUAUUUAUGGAAUGAAAAGGAUUCUAUUUAUUAUGAUUAUAAUGUUCAUGAAGAACAACAAACAGAUUAUGAAUCAGCAACUGCAUUUUGGCCACUUUAUUCAAAACUUGCAUCUGAAGAACAAGCUUCUAAAUUAAUUGAAAAUUCAUUAUCUAAAUUUGAAGAAUAUGGAGGUUUAGUAGCAGGUACUUUGAAAUCUAGAGGAGAAGUUGGAUUAACUCGUCCUUCAAGACAAUGGGAUUAUCCAUUUGGUUGGGCUCCUCAACAAAUUUUAGCAUGGAUUGGUUUAGUUAAUUAUGGUUAUGAUAAAAUUGCUCAAAGAUUAGCUUAUCGUUGGUUAUAUAUGAUGACUAAAUCUUUUGUUGAUUAUAAUGGUGUUGUGGUUGAAAAAUAUAAUGUUACUAAAGGUGCUGUACCUCAUAGAGUUGAUGCUGAAUAUGGUAAUCAAGGUUUAGAUUUUAAAGGUGUGGCAACUGAAGGUUUUGGUUGGGUUAAUGCUAGUUAUUUAUUUGGUUUAACAUUUUUAAACUUAUAUUUACAACGUGCUUUAGGUGCUUUAACUGAACCAAGAACUAUCUUAGACCGUUAA